AGAUCGGGAACAGAGACCUUCUCUCAGGCAGCUGGGUCUGCGCUCAGAGCCUCUCAAAUGGCAGAGGAAGCUGUGGAGAUUGUCAUGCUGCGGUGGUGUCCCAAAAUCCGGAAGCCCCAGGGGUCGACAUCAACGCCAUCGCUGCUAAGCCCAGUCCGGAGAGCCGAGAGGUCCUGCUGAGUCCGCACAUCUAUAGCAGAAAAAAGAUGAGCGACACCCGGCUCGGGAGGGCGUCCGGCCGGUGGGCUGCCCUCUGCCUGCUGCUCUGCUUGGUGGGGCUCUCUGGGGCCAAAAAGGCCCCUAAGGUGCCCCGCUGUCCAGCAAGCUGCUCCUGCACAAAAGACAGCGCCUUCUGUGUGGACUCCAAGGCCAUCCCCAAGACCUUCCCACCCGGCAUCAUCUCUCUGACGAUAGUAAAUGCCGCCUUCUCUGAAAUCCCAGAAGGAGCCUUCUCGCACCUACACUCGCUACAGUUCCUAUUGCUCAACUCUAACAUGUUCACUGUGAUUGCCAACGACGCCUUCGCUGGCCUGUCCCACUUACAGUACCUGUUCAUCGAGAACAAUGACAUCCAGGCCCUGUCCAAGCACACCUUCCGAGGGCUGAAAGCUCUGGCUCACCUGUCCCUGUCCAAUAAUAACCUACAGAUGAUUCCGAGGGACCUUUUCAAACACCUGGACAUCCUGACGGACCUGGACCUGCGAGGAAACUCCUUCCGCUGUGACUGCAAGAUCAAGUGGCUGGUAGACUGGAUUGAGAAGACUAAUACCUCAGUUCCUGCCAUCUACUGUGCCAGCCCCUUCGAGUUCCAGGGACGCCGCAUCCAGGACCUCACCCCGCGGGACUUCAACUGCAUCAGUGCUGACUUUGCUGUAUAUGAGACCUUCCCAUUCCAGUCUGUGUCCGUGGAGUCCUAUGAGUUCAAUGGGGACCAGUUUGUGGUGUUUGCUCAGCCAGACACAGGCAUCUGCAUGCUGUACAUCUGGGACCACGUGGAGAUGGUUUUCAGGAAGUACCACAACAUCACGUCACGCUCAGCAGUCUACUGCAAGCCUGUGGUUAUCAACAGCACUCUGUAUGUGGUGGUGGCUCAACUGUUUGGAGGCUCCCAUAUUUACAAGUGGGAGGAGGACCCUCAGCGAUUCGUAAAGAUUCAGGACAUCGACACCACCCGUGUCCGUAAGCCUAACUUCGUGGAGACCUUCCAGCUGGAAGGAGACUGGUACUUCGCUGUGGCUGACAGCUCCAAAGCGGGCACUACCAGCCUAUACCGAUGGAACCGCAACGGCUUCUACUCUCACCAGUCCUUGCACCCCUGGCACCGCGACACCCACGUGGAGUUCCUGGAGGUAGACGGCAAGCCCCGCGUCAUCCUGUCCAGCGCCUCGCAGUCCCCGGUGGUGUAUCAGUGGAACCGCAGCCAACGGCAAUUUGCCUUUCACUCCCAAAUCAUCGGCACAGCGGACGUGCAGAUGGUCAAGCACUUCUGGGUGCGCAAGGUGCUCUAUCUCUGCCUGACAAGAUUCAUCGGCGACUCCAAGAUCCUGCGCUGGGACCCCCAGCGCUUUGUGGAGAUUCAGACCCUCCCCUCCCGAGGCUCCAUGUCCGUUUACCCCUUCACCGUUGGCCCACGUCAGUACCUCCUCCUGGGUAGCGAUUUUUCCUUCUCCAGGGUCUACCUGUGGGAUGAACUUGCCCAACGCUUCCAGCCGUUCCAGGAGCUCAACAUUAGAGCACCCCGGGCCUUUAGUCUGGUGUCCAUUGACAACAAAGACAUCCUAUUGGCUGCCAGCUUUAAGGGUGACUCCUUGGCCUAUCAGCACCUCCUAGUAGACCUGAGUGCUAAGUAGGCCCCAAGUUUAAUGCCGAGUAAUCAAGGGUUUGGUGGUAGUGGGGAAGCUCUCAAUUCUGGAACUUAACUGACCAAUUCUUCUCUAUUUCAAAAAACCCUCCGAAGAUCCUGGGUUUGUGGUCUGGACUCCCAAAAGCACUCUUUUGAUAUUGUUAUAACAUGGAAAGGUUAAUUUAAGCAAAAGCAAUAUAAUCCAGUUCAAAACUGUUUAUGAAGAAAACUAAAAGAUGUACAGUAAUUUUUUUUCCACAAUUUUGUCAAUCAAAUACCUUGAUUUACCCAGUGAAACCACGGUACCUCCUAUUGCGAAGACAUGAAUUACAUAUUUAAAGUACAGUUUGCUAUCUUGAAAACAUAUUCAGUACACUCAAUUUGAAAAUGAAUGGCAAAUUAUUGACCCCUGAAUUAAAGCUCUAUCAUUGGUCUUAUAAGUGUCAGCAAAUACAUGUAAAACUACAGGCAACAUACACACAUUUACCAUUUAAUCCUAUAUAUUAAAGAUUAUUUAUUUAUAUAUUAUUAUAUAUAUAUUAUUAUAUAUAUAUUAUUAUAUAUAUUAAAAGAAAUGUAAGUAAAGCAUGACAAACACCCUGGCCACUUAUGAAAGGGGUUUGCUGUGUUUGUAUACUUUUAAUAUGAAAAUAACACGGCUCAUUAAACCUAAUCAAAUGUUAUUCCACCAUUCCACUUGUGUGACAGAAGUUUUGACUCGUCAGACUGAUGAGAGAUGAGAAUGUUCUCAAAGCCAGUGAACAUGCACAUUCCUGUGGACCGGAGCGGAGGGAUGAAAGCAGCGUGUUACAUCUGUGCUCGCUGCAGACUUUAAUCUUCUUCACAGCUUUGCUUCUUCCCCCUGGCCUGUCUCUUCUCUUUAAUCCUCACCGGUUAACGCUCCUGUAAUACCUGAUGUAAUGUCAGACGAUCCUGCCAGUGGGGGGCCUUCAUCUUUCAGUGAAGUGAGUGAGCUUGGUAGCGCUAGGGAAUCUUGCAGUUCCCGAUCAUUACUGUCGGGAUUUUCAUUGUAGCUUUCCAGGACUCAGCAGCCUGUCCUGUGUGCCAUAUAUCAGUUUGCUUAGUAAUACUCAUUUCACGUCUUGAUUUUCCAAGAUCAUAAAAAAGCAGGCUCCUCUUGUGUAGUGGAAGACAACCGUGUCUUAAAUAGUUUAACCCCAUGAAUUGUUCAUUUAAAGGUUAUUAAAAGUUAACAUCAUCAUAAAACAUUGUUAGUGUUUCAAUUUUGGAGUAGAGGGUGACAAACAGAAGAAUUUUUUACAAUUUGACUGAGUUGCCUCAGAUUGUUUAAUCUGAUUUCAUUUUGAUUAUUUACUGUAUAUGCUCACUGCUGGUAUUUGGCAUUGCUGGGAAACCAGGGAUAAAAGUCUUUGUGGAAAAAUCUUUUAGUGAUGUUGUUUACCCCUGUCUAUGUAUGCAAUAAAUGCCUAUGAUGGAUCUCAAUAGGCUUGAAAAUAACACUGUGGAGUAUCGCAAACACUUCAUUAGCAAUAGCCGUGAAUGACUUAUUACCUAGAAAAUUUUACAAACAUGUUGUGAAUGAAACUGGUUAUAUAUGUAAUAUAUACUUUUUUUUUUCUUGGCUGUUAUGCUAUGGUGUCUAAACUAAACAUGAUAUGUCUGUUUUUAACCUAUGAUCCCACAUAAAUGAAUUCUGUGGAGGGUUAGGGACACUUAGACCAAAUGAUCAUGUAAACAAAACUAACAUUGUAAAAAGAGAAUGACAACUACAGUGAAAUUAUGCAGAUGCACUUGUUGUUACAAUUUUGCCCGCUGUGUUCUUAAAGUAUUCAAUAAGCGUUAAUGAGAAACAUAAUGCUUUUAAACUGGUAAAUGUGACUGUUACAAAUAUCCAGAAUGAGAACUUCUUAAAUAGCAUGAGACUGUUUUUUCUCAUACUGACUGUAAUAUGCUGCAUAAUUUAUCUGAUUGUCCCAACAUUUGGAGCUAUUGGUAAAACAUGACUGUUGAUUUCUUUUUUAAUAUAUUAAUGCAGAAACAGGCUGUUCUCACUGCUUGGGCUUUCUGUGUGUUCAUGGACAAUAUUGUCAUGGUGACUAAUAAAAUUAAUCAAAUACAGCGUUA